GAAUCACGUUGCGCUGUGGCACGAUUGUGACAGAAGUUAUAUAUAGUUCUUCCGACUUUACUCCUCUCUCUCCCGAAAGGGAUUAGACCAAUAAUUCUUUCCUGAUGACAGCGCCUUUUCAUUGAACGAGAAUCAAAACCCACGGCAUGCUGAACCGAUGAAUCCCAUUUGAGGAGCAUAAGGGAGAGAAUGAAGACGGAGGUGCAUUUCGAGGGCGCAGCGGGGGAUUGGGUUUCGGGUUAAAUUCCGGCGAUAAGGAAGAGAGCGGAUGCUGCCGCAACCGGAGACUGUCACAUCGCAGGGAGCUGCAGGCUCCUGUUGACGUCAGGCUCUUCAGGUCAGAACAACAGGGUAGUAUCUACAGAGAGAGAGAGACAAGAGGAAGGGAGUGAGUAAGAGAGAGAGAGGGACUGAGUGAGUGGUGCAGAGGGAGGGACUGAUUGACCAUGGGGGCCUGAGCUGACACUGUUUAAACGGUUGACAGUGACCCAGGAGCCAGCACCGGAGGAACAAGGUUUGGAGAACGGUCCGUCACUGCCGGACGGAGCUGGGAGUGAGACAGAGACACAGGAUCGGUACACAGCCCGGGGCUGCGCUGUCCGCGCACACCGACUGACGGACUGGUCAGUCCGGCCUGAGUGUCCCUCCCCGGGGCCAGCACUCACUGAGGGGGCCCCCGGCCUCGCACCCUCGCCCGGGAAGCGGCUGUUCGAAGUGAUCAGGGGGACGAUGAGGUUGUGGAUCCCGGGCCUGUGUCUGCCGCCGCUCCUGCUCUUCCUGCUGCCGGUGUCGGGCCGCAGCGCCGAGUGGUACACGGCGUUCGUCAGCACCGCCUACCUAGACCCCAUCAGUAACAUGACCGUGUCCGGGAGCAGCGAGAGCGGCAGAUACGGUGAUAGUUCUCCUAAAGAGGGUGUGCAGGGAGUAAUAGGGAUUCCCAGAUCCAACAGGGACCAAUUGGGAUGUGACCCCAACACAGAGUUCUUCAUACCCAGAUCAGGGGAACCAUGGAUAGCUCUGGUUGCCAGAGGGAAUUGUACUUUCAAGGAGAAAAUUUUGAAUGCAGCCAAAAAAUUGGCAUCGGCAGUUGUGAUUUACAAUUUUCUUGGUACUGGGAAUGCAACAGUAACCAUGAAUCACAUUGGGACUGGAAAUACUGUUGCUAUCAUGAUUGGCAAUUCAAAAGGAAUGGAAAUUCUAGAGUUGGCUCGCCGAGGUAUCCCAGUGAUCAUGUCCAUAACUGUUGGUACCCGUCAUGUACAGGAGUGGAUGAGCUCUCAGUCUGUAGUAUUUGUGAUAAUUGCUUUCAUAACAAUGAUGAUCAUCUCCCUGGCUUGGCUCAUUUUUUAUUACAUACAGAGAUUUCUAUAUGCAGGAUCGCAGUUUUCAAGUCAAAACAAGAAAAACAAGAAUAACAGGAGGGAAGCCAAGAAGGCUAUCAGUAAGCUUCAGCUGCACACUGUCAGGCACGGAGAUAGGGAAAUAAAUUUGGAUGUUGAUGGUUGUGCUGUGUGUAUUGAAGUAUAUAGAUCCCGAGAUGUUGUGCGAAUUCUUCCAUGCAAGCAUGUAUUCCACAGAAUAUGUAUUGAUCCAUGGCUUCUUGAACAUCAAACCUGUCCUAUGUGUAAACUUGAUGUCAUUAAAGCACUUGGCUUUAUGGUAGAUACACAUGAAAAUGUUGAAGUGGUUAUACCAGAAUCUGUGCCUGAUAGUAUCCCUGUUGGCAAUUCAAAUGUUGUUUUACAAGAAGGAGCUGGAGCUGAAACAAGUACCUUCCCAAACUCUCCAACGUUUGAGUCACUACAGCAUGAUGAUAGACUAAUGGAAGAAGAUGAAGCUGCAGCUUUAAUUGAAGCGAAUUUAGAAAUUCAGAGAAAUAGCGAUAGUUCAUCUUGUCCCAUUGGAUGCCCAGAUGCCAGAUGAAUAUAUUUUGGACAAAAAUCAAUUUUUGAUUUAAAGCACAAGAGGUGCCAUUUGUGGAUUCUUAUGAAAAAAAAGUUUAAAGUAUGCAACAAAAUACUAGGUCAUGCAUUUUUAAUUCAUUUCAUCGUGGUUCUAACAAUAAAAUAACUGGCUGAAAUUAAAAAUAAUGGAUAUUGGUUUCUCGAGAUUAAUGUGUUGAUUUGGUAACGCAUGGGAUUCCCACUUAGUCACAGCAAAUCUCCUAUUGUUCCUUUACGAAAGGUACUUUGAACUUUGUUUACGGAAACUGGAAUUGGUAACUUUUAAUCACUGUUUAGUUACAAGCGCAUUGAUUUUGAUUUCAUAUUAUUCUCUGCACUUUGCAGCCUGUACAAUAUAUUUGUAAAUACCCUUAUUUUCCUUGAAAAAAAAUUAAGGAUAAAUUCAGAUGUUUAGAGAGCUAAAGUUAUUUGUAUUAGAUCCAUUUGUCUGGUUUUGUCAAGGUUAAUCAAACUGGUAAUCUGUAACGUUACAUAGAAACAGUAGUUUGGUCGUUAAUAUUUUUUAGCAGUGGUUUUAUGCUAAGUGGUUAAUAUAUAAGUCACCAUUUUUUAAAAAGAAUAUUGUGAGGUCACUUAAUUUCUGCAGCCGCAUAGCUAAGCCUAUAAUGAUACAAUCGGUUCUCCUACUAAACUGCACUAAAAAGAUUGGAGGAUUAAAAAUUCUGUUAAACUUCAGACUAUAACUGCUGUCAUGAAAUAUUCAUAACAUAAUUAGAUCAGACUAUGUUUUAGAGGCCCUGUUUGUGGUGUUGAAUUAUCCAAACUGCAGAAAUGUGCCGAAACAGAUGUGACAAAUUAUUUGGGCAAGAUUUUGUGAAAAAGAAUAAUUCUAAUAAACUUAAGAAUCACUAUAUUUAUGAAGCUGUGAUGCACCUUUAUCAGUUUAAUGCCCAUUCCAAUGUACGUUACUGCAUGACUAGGUCACCACAUUAUAUAUAAUGACAGGUCAUGAAAAUAUCAUUUAUUUUUUAUUUUAGGCCAAAGACUAAAAUUUUGCACUGUAUUUCAUUUGAGUGUGGCAGAAAAAAAGCAAUAAUGUAUUGAGCCUUAUGUCGACUGAAUAAAAUUUGUACACCUAUAAUAUUUAACAUUUUCAAUCAUUUAUUACUACGAUAAAAGAAAAUUAACUUAAAAAUAACUUAAGGAACUCUUCUGAUGUGAAAUCAUUCUAAAUAAUUUCAAGAUUGAUGUGUUAGAAGUUAUUCAAUAUGAACUACAUAUGGCAUGGAUGUUGCAAAGUUAUGGAACUGAGGCAAUUCCAAUCUGAAGAGCAAGUUGUAAAUUAUUAGCUAGGAUUUUACUUUUUUAAUUGAGGCUCAGAUCAAGCCAAUGAAAAGCCAAAGUUCAAAAAGUACUAGGGCUUUUCAAAUUGACAAAUGAAAUGCCAGUAGUUUAUUGUGAUGGGAUGCAAUAUGUUGUCAAAGUCUUGUUUUUUUAGCAAGUGUCUACAUGUCUGCAACUGCUUUAUUGGAAUUUGCUUCAAUCUGUUGUUUUAUUUGUGAAUAGUCAAAAAGCACACCUUAAACAUGUCUGUAAAAGCUCUAGGAUCAAUUUAUGAAAAUUAUUGCAAAUAAGCAUCGUUAAUUACAAGAAAUUUUAAGCACUAGUCUCUUUAAAUUUGUUCAUAAGCAUACUUUGAACUGUACAUUAUUCGAGAUUUUAACCUUUCAAUUAUAGUGUGUUGAAAAAAAUUUUGUUCAGUAGGAUAGAUUUGAAUUGAUCAUGGGCAAAUGCAAAUUCUACCUUCUGUCUGUAUAUAUCUUUUCAAUAUAUCAAUAUUCCUAUUAAUUUUCUGCCCUUUCCCCCAUGUAACAGGAUAUAUUUUCUCCCCAAUUUCAUGUGUAAUCUUGAAGUAUGUGGCUUUGCCUAUAAUUCUGACAUCAUGGUUAUGUUUAUCAUUUUCUAAUGUAAGUAUUUCAUUAAAAGUAAUCUCUCGUAAA